AUGAAGUCCUCAGCGAUUGCGGCCAUCUACCUCCUCUCGGGCUUGGCUACGGCUUCGGCGGUUGCUUCCAACGCCCCACGGGACGAAAAAGUCAGCUUUGAUGGCCACCAAGUCUUCCGCAUCACCGAUGCCCCUCGCGGUAUCGAAAAUGAGCUAAGCGAUUUCUUUGCCACACGCUCCGGCCGUAGCGUCGACGUCGUCGUCCCGCCCAGUGAGGUGUCUUCCUUUAUGAAGCGGGGGCUCAACACUCAACUGCUCGACGUUGAUAUUGGCGAGAAGUUCCGUCGUGAGGCCGAGCCUGGCUCCUACGACCGCUCCCUGCACAAGCGCGGUGAUUUACCGGACCUCAGCUGGUACGACUCCUACCACCCCUACGACGACCACCUGAAAUACUGGGAGGAUCUCCAUGCGGCUUUCCCCAACAACUCGCGCAUCUCCGAGCUCCCUGGAAAGUCGUACGAGGGCCGUUCACUGCAUGUGUUCCAGAUGUGGGGGGACAAGGGCAAGGCUGGCGACAAACCGGCCGUCCUCUGGCACGGAACCGUCCAUGCUCGCGAGUGGAUCACCACCAUGACAGUCGAGUACCUCACCUGGCAGUUGAUCAACGGGUACAAGAACGGAAACUUGAACGCCACCACUGCUCUGGACGAGUUCGAUUUCUACAUCGUACCGUUCCACAACCCAGAUGGUUUCGUCUACACCCAGACCACGAACCGACUCUGGCGCAAGAAUCGCCAACCAAGGAGCAACACGACCUGCAUCGGAACAGACAACAACCGGAACUGGGACUACGAAUGGAACUUUCCUAUCGAUGACGGACAGGUUGCCAGCGACCCCUGCAGCGAAACUUUCAAGGGCCUCACCGGCGGUGACACCCCCGAGAACCAGGCACUGGUGUCGCUCUCCAAGGAGCUCGCGGCGCGCCCCAAGGGCAUCCGCCUGUACAUCGACUGGCACAGCUACUCGCAGCUCAUCCUCCUUCCCUGGGGCUUUUCGUGCGAUCCCGCCCGGCUACCGGCGAACCUGCCUCGCCAGCGAGAGGUGGGUGCUGGCUACGCCGGUGCAAUCGAUGCCGUGAGCGGCAAGCUCUACGAGGUCGGCCCCUCGUGUGAGAUUCUCUACUACUCUUCCGGCACCGGGAGAGAUUACCAUCACGGUGCGCACAACGCCACCUUCAGCUGGAGCGUUGAGCUCAGGCCCGGACGCAACGCCUCUAACGGCUUCGUCCUGCCGCCCCAAGAGAUCAAGCCGACUGCUGAGGAGCACUGGGGUGGUAUUCAGUGGGUUCUGAAUGAUAUUCGUAAAGAUGGAAAAAGCGGUGCGCGGAGGGCCUGA